AUGGUCAAGGCAUUAACCUUCAAAGGCGAGAAGAAGCCCUCCAAGAAGCGGAAACGAACCGCCAACGAAGCCCAAGACGAUGCAGCACCCACAUCAAAACAACUCGUCCCCGCAGCAGACGAGGCUCCGGACGACGAUGACAACUGGGUUUCCGCAGACGCGCUGUCUGACAUCUCAGGACCCGUCAUGCUCGUCCUGCCCACCGACCCUUUGACAUGCCUAGCGACCGAUGCAUUCGGCAAAGUCCACGCAAGCCCAGUAGAGAACAUGGUAGAAGAUGCGCCUUCAACAGCAGAACCCCAUCUCGUCUCGCAGGUCUGGAUCGCGACAAGAGUCGUUGGCUCGGACGGCGACUUCACAUUCAAAGGACAUCAUGGAAGAUACUUGGGCUGCGAUCAAUAUGGCAUCUGUUCUGCGACGAGGGAGGCUAUAUCGCCGGAGGAGACUUUCCGGUGUUCGCCUUCUGAGGCGGAGGCUGGGAUGUUUGAUAUACGCACGGGGAGGUCUACGUAUUUUGCGGUGGACGACGAGAAGUCUCCGCCGGAGGUCAGGGGAGAUGCGGCAGAGGUAGGGGACGCAGCACAUAUCAGAAUCAGAAUGCAGGCGCGGUUCAAGCCCAAGCAUAAGGUGGAGAAGGCGGAGAAGGUCAGGGCGAAGAUCAGCCGGAAGGAGCUGGAGGAUGAAGUUGGCAGACGGCUUGAGGAUGAUGAGGUCAAGCGGCUGAAGAAGGCAAGGAGAGAGGGUGAUUAUCAUGAAGUUAUGCUUGACGUUAAGCCGGUGAACCAGAACAAGUAG